AUUUAUCCGACUUCCGGUUGGAUGGCUUCGGAUUUGAGGAGAGGAUCAUAGUUGGAGGUAAACUGUUUAAAUAUGCCGGUAAAGCUUGAUCCCCCACCUCCGGCUAAUUCCAAGCAGCCUGGUGUUACCACCACCCUCCUGUAUAACGGAUCCAGAUUCCAGGGGCAUCAGAAAAGCAAAGGCAACUGCUAUGACGUCGAAGUUAUUCUGCAGAAUGUGGAUUUAGAGAAUUCUUAUCUGUGUGGAUACCUAAAGAUCAAAGGUCUAACCGAGGAAUAUCCAACAUUGACAACAUUUUUCGAUGGUGAAAUUAUCAGCAAAAAGCAUCCGUUUCUGACAAGAAAAUGGGAGGCAGACGAGGAUGUUGAUAGAAAACACUGGGGAAAGUUUUUGUCUUUUUUCCAGUUUGCUAAAACCUUUAAUUCUGACAGCUUUGACUAUGAUAACCUGACUAAUGCAGACUUUGUGUUUAUGAGGUGGAAGGAACAUUUUCUUGUACCAGAUCACACCAUAAAGAACAUAAAUGGUGCCUCCUUUGCUGGGUUUUACUACAUCUGCUUCCAGAAAUCAACCACCACCAUAGAAGGUUAUUACUACCACCGGACCUCAGAAUGGUUUCAGUCCCUGAAUUUGUCUCAUGUGCCUGACCAUUCCAUACCUGUCUACCAGUUCCGAUAACAGAUUAAAAAAAAAACAUUGAUGUGCUACAGUGUCAGAUUUUGAUACUUGCCUAACUACUGGACCUGUCUAUUUUUCAAUGGUGGAUAUGCCGGUUUAAUGCUGAAUAAGUGGAACAUAAGUUAAGGUGUGAGGAGGACCCAUGAUCAUGAUUUUUUCUCUCUAUAUGCUACACAUGUGUACUUAAUUUGUUAUUUUUGUUGUCUAAUGAAUAUAAACAUUUUUUAAACAUUUUGACAGUUGUCAUAUACUCAGCAUACAUUGUUCGUGUGAAAUGUAUUAUUUAUAUGUUGUUAUCAAAAUAAAGAGCUUUUUAGGAAGUGUUACCUAAAAAUAAGCUUGCUUCGUUUAUUAGGCAUCAUUUUAUUAAAACAGUUGUACUCCUUUUA